UUCACACACAAUGUGGAGCUCUUUAUGGAAAUGCAUUUGUUUGGACUUUUUUGGUAAAGUUGGGCUGUGGGUCGGGAUGAAGAGAUGAGGACAGCUGGAGGAAAGCGGCAUCUAGUGGCUCACGCACGGGAAGCAUAAGUUCAAACUUUCUAGAUGUUAGGCUACAAUAUAAGCCUGUAGUUAAAACCGGGUUGGGAUUUGCAAGUAAACGACUUUGGAUCCUCUGUACAGGUAUUUCCAUGUUUACCCGUGAUAAACAAGCAGAAAUGAUAACCUGUGUUUGGAGUUUAUUUUAGUGGAGCAGAAAAUGAAGGCUGCCACCAGCGGCGCUGCAGACCCUCCAUCAUCGUCAACAUCGGCAGACAAUAGCGCAGGAGCGAGGAGGCAGCACCGGGCUCCCUCGCCGGCUAGAGCCCAGGAAGGGGCGACGAAGCGAGCUCCGAGACACACAGGCAAGUCCAGAUCUCCUCUUCCUGCAGGAAGGAGCAGAAACGCCGGGGUGAGGGAGAGGCCCACUGACGGAAGGGAGAGGGAGCCCGAGAGCCGCGGCGGUGCAGCUGUUCCUCUGGAUGGUGCUGAAGCUGAUCUAGUCACACCAAACAGGGCGGAUGCUGCCGGGGAACAGCCGACUGAUUCAUCAGCAUCGGACCGUCGCACCACUGUACGCCUUCCCUGCCUUAAAGGCGACUACCCCCGGCGGCUGUUGUCCGGCAGAGCCUCGUCCUCCUUUUCGGUGAAGGAAAAAGAGGAGAAGCCCGAAGAGGAAGGCGGCCGCGGGGACAGAAGCCGAGUGUCUGUGGGCUGCGGCGCGGGCCUCGGGUUGGGUUUGUGGAGAGGGGGUUGCUUACAGGCUGAACUGAUCCAGUUCCACCUGCAGAGGAGGCUGAGAAGAAGCGGUGCGAAAAUGCAAACCGAGAUGCAAAACGCUGGCGCAGAGGAGGCCGCUCUGGGAAAGCCGGAGCCGGCUGCAGAGGCGACAGAGGCGGGGUCCGUGACACAGCAGGACCGGGCCUUGGAAGAUGAGGUGGAGAGGCUGCUAGAUGAAAAUGAAGAUCUUAAGUGUGAGAUUGAGGAAAUGAGGACCGAGAUGGACGAGAUGCGAGACACGUUCUAUGAAGAGGACACUUGUCAGCUGCAGGAGAUGAGGCGUGAGCUGGAGAGAGCCAAUAAGAACUGCCGGAUCCUACAGUAUCGUCUGAGGAAAGCGGAGAGGAAGAGGCUGCGCUACGCCCAGACGGGAGAGAUCGAUGAGGAGCUGCUCAGGAGUCUGGAGCAGGACCUGAAGGUUGCGAAGGACGUGUCUGUGAGGCUACACCAUGAGCUGGAGAAGGUGGAAGAGAAACGCACAAAGACAGAGGAGGAGAAUGAAAAACUGAGACAGAAACUCAUAGAGGUGGAAGUGACCAAACAAGCCCUGCAGAAUGAACUAGACAAAACCAAAGAGUCUCAAAAGAGAAGAGGAAGCAAGGACGUCCAGAAGACAGACCGUAAAUCUGCUCAGACUCCUACAGAGGAGGACAAUGAGGACCUUAAGUGCCAGCUAGCUUUCAUCAAAGAGGAAGCAGUGCUUAUGAGAAAGAAGACGGCCAAGAUUGACAAAGAGAAGGACCGUCUGGAGCAAGAGUUGCAGAAGUACCGCUCCUUCUAUGGUGAACUGGACAGCACCCAUCCUAAAGGAGAGGCUGGGGGUCCACCUACCACCCGCGAGUCAGAACUAAAGCUACGGCUCCGCCUAGUAGAGGAGGAAGCCAACAUUCUGGGGAGGAAAAUAGUUGAGUUGGAGGUUGAGAACCGUGGCCUGAGGGCCGAGCUUGACGACCUUCGUGGUGAAGGAGAGGGCGCUGGGAGCGAUGGGUGUGGUGCGAUGGGUGGGUCGGGUGCAGGGCGAGGCCUCGGUGAUGACCUUACGGAGCUCCGACAACAGCUGCAGUUGGUGGAGGACGAGGCAGAGCUACUGAGGAGGAACCUAGCCGAUGCUGAAGACCAAAAUAAGAGAGUGACUACAGAGCUGAACAAGUUACGGUUCAAAGCCGGCACCCACGAGGGAGGCGCCAGGCAUGGGGGAGGAGCGGGAGGUGCAGGGAUUGAUGGAGCAAAGGCAGAAGCCCUGCAGGAGGAGUUAAAGGCAGCAAGGCUACAGAUUAAUGACCUAAGUGGCAAGGUAAUGCAGCUGCAGUACGAGAACCGCGUGCUCCUCUCCAACAUGCAGCGCUAUGACCUGGCCUCCCACCUCUCUCUGCGGCCCAGCCCACGGGACAGCGAUGCAGAGAGCGAUGCCGGUGGUGCCACAAGUGGUCGCCGUGAGAGUGACGAGGACUCCACCUCCUCCCGCCUCCUCCCACCGCACCGCAAACGCGAGGGCCCUGUAGGUGGGGAAAGUGACUCAGAUGAGGUCAGAAACAAUAACGGCAGCAGCCGUUGUCUGACUCCCACACGGGGCCUCUACACCCCAACGGGGCCCGAGGGCGCUGCCUCCUCCGCCUUGGCCCGCUUCCUACCUGGUGGCCGGUGCAGCCUGCGCGACAGGCAGCAAAUGAUUGACAUCCGUGUUGAAGCGGAGAGGCUUGUUCGGACCAUCGACCGCCUCAUCGCUGACACGGCCACUGUCAUCUCAGAGGCAAGGGUCUACGUUUCAAAUGGCGACCUGAUGUUCGGAAGAGGAGGGGAGGAUGGUGGAGAGGAUGAUGGGGGCAGGAUCAGGGAGCAUGAGCUGCUAUAUCGUAUUAACGCUCAGAUGAAGGCCUUCCGAAAAGAACUGCAGGCCUUCAUAGACAGACUGGAAGUGCCGAGGCUCGAGGACAGGGAGACGGAGGAGCCACUGUCGAUGUUCCAGCCUAUCAUUUUGCUCAUCCUCAUACUUGUGUUAUUCUCAUCCCUCUCUUACGCCACCAUCUUUAAACUAGUCUUUCUUUUCACUCUGUUCUUUGUUCUGUGAUGUACGCCUCCCUUAAUACACAUCAUCCCUUGUUUGUUUUUGCUCUUUUGUUUCCCCCCCCCCUCCUCGCA